UCAGAAAGCACGGGGCAUCGUGCAACUAAUUUACCAAGGUACACACAUCCAGCUUCGAGACCUGAGAGAUCGUGUCCUUAGUUAUCGUAAGUGUGGAGCCAGGCUCAGCGCGGUCGCACGAACAACAAUCCCAUCUCCAGUAAGACAACACGAUGCUUUAUGCACUCGAGAUUUCGAAUGAACCUGCGAUAGCAGAACAGUGGGUAUUUAUCCGCAAACAAAUAUCCAUCGAUGAUGUGAUUAGUGGUCAUAUCGGCUUUAACGACCCUAACAUCGGCUCCUCAUCGACUUCCGAAGCGCAAUCCGUCAUGGACUUCUUCUGCAUGGCGUUUUGUCUUUCUUCAACACCUUCGCUUGCUGUACCUAUGUUUGGAUAUUGAGGUUCUUCUCGCAAUCGCAUCUCACUGGACAGGUUUUGGAUAAGGGUUCCCUUGUGUGACCGAAGAUGACAUCGAGCGAACCAAAGGCUGAGGGCGGCCAAACUAUCACCAGCUUGGUGACAAAUCAGACGUCAACAUCGACACCAGCACCCAACUCAACGCAAGACGACUUAGGCAAUGAGAAGCAGAAAGAGCUAUCAAAAUGGGACAAAAUCUACAACGCCCUCACAUACUGUCCGUCACGAUGUCGAUGGGACCCAAACAGACCGCCUCAGUUCUCGAUGUCUAUGAACGUACUGUUCGCCUUUGCGGCAGGCUUCACUGUUGCAAACUUAUACUAUAAUCAUCCCAUCCUUAACAUCUUGGCUCAAGACUUCGGUGUUCGCUAUGAACAAGUUGCGCAGAUACCAACGGUCAUGCAAGCUGGAUACGCUGCAGGCUUGCUGUUUCUAUGCCCACUAGGAGAUCUGUUACCCAGACGUCCAUUCGUAUGUGGACUUGUCUUCUUCACAGCAACGAUGUGGCUCGGCCUCUGCAUAACCUCCAACCUUAGCGUCUUCACAGCAAUAUCCUUCAUAACCGCCGUCACAACCGUAACACCCCAACUCAUGCUCCCCCUCGUCGGUGACCUCGCCCCACCCAACCGCCGCGCAGCAGCCCUCUCCAUCGUCGUCUCCGGCCUCAUGCUGGGCGUGCUAGUCGCCCGCGUGCUCUCCGGCACAAUCUCCAACUUCGUAACCUGGCGCGCGGUGUACUGGAUGUCUCUGUGCCUGCAAUACCUCAUCUUCAUCCUGCUAUGGCUGUUCAUGCCGGACUACCCCGCUACCAAUCCAGGCAUGAACUACUUCCGCAUCCUGUGGGAUAUCCUGCUUAUGAUUCCACGACAUCCGGUGCUAGUGCAGGCGUGUCUGGCGGGUAUGCUGUGUUCCGCACCCUUCACAUCGUUCUGGACAACCCUCACAUUCCUGCUCGCCGGGCAACCAUACCACUACUCCUCCAUAACCAUCGGCCUCUUCGGCCUAAUCGGCAUAGCAGGCAUGCUCAUCUCCCCUAUCUGGGCGCGCCGCAUGACCGACCGCUUCGUACCACACUUCUCCAUCAUUUUCGGGCUCAGCUGCUCGCUGCUGGGUGUGUGUCUGGGCACGUAUAUCGGCACGUUUAACGUCGCAGGCCCGGUAUUGCAAGCCCUGCUGCUGGAUUUUGGAAAUCAAACUGCGCAGAUUGCGCAGAGGAGCGCGAUUUAUACGAUUGAGCCGAAGAGGCGGAAUGGUGUGAAUACGGCAUUCAUGGUUAGUACGUUUUGUGGACAGCUCAUUGGCACGGCUGCUGGGAACCAUAUUUACGCUACGGCGGGCUGGAUUGGGAGUGGGAGUACGAGUGUGGGGCUCAUUAGCGCGGCGUUGUUGGUUAUGUUUGCUAGAGGUCCAUGGGAAGAGCGAUGGGUUGGUUGGAAGGGCGGGUGGAGUCUGAAAAAGAAGAACAAGGAUAGCGCAGAUGGAAAGACGAGUGAGAAGGGCAAUCAUGUGAGGCAUGAGAAGGGGUGGGAUGAGGAGGAGGGUGCGGUGGAGAAGGUGUUGGAGGAGGUUGCUGCGGAGGAUGGUAACGAGACUCCGCUGCAUGGAGAUGGGGAGAGUGAGAAGAGCAGUAAAGAGGACGUCAUUCGACCUGCAAAAGCAUAGCGUGCAUAUAGACGGGCGUUUUGUCGCAGAUAAAAUCUCUAGUGGUUGCAUUUAUGUCGCGAAGACGCCAAUCGUAGUCGAAUUUAUCUUC